AUGACAAAGAAUCUUCGUCGUUAUUCUGCGAAAAAUGUGAAAUUCUCUGAAGCUGACUUGACGUUUUCCAGACACCUAGUGAAGGAAUACGUCGAGGACAAGAUCAUGGAGUACUGCCGAAUGAAAUCCUCUCUUCCCAUCCUGAGACUAGAGUAUACUGGAAGCGUGUACGAGAGGCUGAAAACGGAAGCUCCAGAUGAAGUGGAUGUUAUGGUAGUGCUGAAAACAUCGAGUCCUUGGUUGUGGGGUGAUCCGGAAGUCAUGGUGGAGGAUAAUGAUGAAGUGCCCGGCUUUGUGCGUCUAAAGGCGAGAGAGGACAGCAAGCUUCGUGACUAUGCCGAUUCUGAUGGGAAUAUCAGUUCACAGAGGCUUCUUGACAGAUGGUGGUACAGUCUAGUUGUCCGAGCAGUGAACGACUACGAAAAAAGCUGUCGGAACUCGGACAUCGAGAUGGUUGUACGUUACCAUAGGCCUGCUGUUCAACUUGAUAUCACCAAGAACGGAACCAGCGAGACGACGUUGUCGGUUGACCUUGUGCCUUGCUUUCAAGCUGGAUCAGACCAGAACUACUACGUCGCCAAACCCUACAGAGGGAGAAGGUAUGUCUCCGACCCAGACCUUCUAUGGAGACAGUCCUUUUCACUGAAGGAGAAAGCGCUCUUGCGUGACAUGGAUAGAGACGGCGGCUGUAGACAUGAGCUCUUUAGAAUCGUGAAAACCAUCAUCAACAGGGAGAGGUCAUCCCUUGGACAACUGGAAUCUUACCAUCUGAAGACAGCCUUCAUGCACUACAUGACAGAGAACCCCAGCGACUGGAAUAACUACAGCUCUCUGGGAAGACAUUUUCAUGGCUUUCUCCAACAUCUGCAGCGAUUUCUACAAAAAGGGAAUCUCCCACACUACUGGUUACCCGGCAUAAACCUUCUUGAAGACAUCAACUCAGUAGUGGUCAAUAACAUGGCAUGCCGAAUUAAAAGAAUCCUGAAUAGUGAAACUGUAAUGAACGAAAUACUUGAGUAGCCAAGCAGAUUUGUCUCUUCCAAAAAAAUUGAGAAAGUUUAGAUGUUAAAGUAAGGGGUUUUCAGUCAGUUAUGGCACGUUGGAACAUGGGUGAAGAAAUGUAAAAGUUAAUGAUGUUAUUGUCGGUACACAGUUUUACAUAGGUAAGAGGGACUUUUGGAGGUGGGUGGGUGGGAGGGGGGAAUUAAGCUCUAUUUUGAUUACGCAAGAGGCANACAUCGAGUCCUUGGUUGUGGGGUGAUCCGGAAGUCAUGGUGGAGGAUAAUGAUGAAGUGCCCGGCUUUGUGCGUCUAAAGGCGAGAGAGGACAGCAAGCUUCGUGACUAUGCCGAUUCUGAUGGGAAUAUCAGUUCACAGAGGCUUCUUGACAGAUGGUGGUACAGUCUAGUUGUCCGAGCAGUGAACGACUACGAAAAAAGCUGUCGGAACUCGGACAUCGAGAUGGUUGUACGUUACCAUAGGCCUGCUGUUCAACUUGAUAUCACCAAGAACGGAACCAGCGAGACGACGUUGUCGGUUGACCUUGUGCCUUGCUUUCAAGCUGGAUCAGACCAGAACUACUACGUCGCCAAACCCUACAGAGGGAGAAGGUAUGUCUCCGACCCAGACCUUCUAUGGAGACAGUCCUUUUCACUGAAGGAGAAAGCGCUCUUGCGUGACAUGGAUAGAGACGGCGGCUGUAGACAUGAGCUCUUUAGAAUCGUGAAAACCAUCAUCAACAGGGAGAGGUCAUCCCUUGGACAACUGGAAUCUUACCAUCUGAAGACAGCCUUCAUGCACUACAUGACAGAGAACCCCAGCGACUGGAAUAACUACAGCUCUCUGGGAAGACAUUUUCAUGGCUUUCUCCAACAUCUGCAGCGAUUUCUACAAAAAGGGAAUCUCCCACACUACUGGUUACCCGGCAUAAACCUUCUUGAAGACAUCAACUCAGUAGUGGUCAAUAACAUGGCAUGCCGAAUUAAAAGAAUCCUGAAUAGUGAAACUGUAAUGAACGAAAUACUUGAGUAGCCAAGCAGAUUUGUCUCUUCCAAAAAAAUUGAGAAAGUUUAGAUGUUAAAGUAAGGGGUUUUCAGUCAGUUAUGGCACGUUGGAACAUGGGUGAAGAAAUGUAAAAGUUAAUGAUGUUAUUGUCGGUACACAGUUUUACAUAGGUAAGAGGGACUUUUGGAGGUGGGUGGGUGGGAGGGGGGAAUUAAGCUCUAUUUUGAUUACGCAAGAGGCAUCAGUCAUUACAUCAAGUUAGUCUGCACUUCGUUUAGGACCACGUCGUCUUAUUGUUGUCUUGACUCACCCAGGUAAAGGUAGAACUCAAAGUUCCUACUGAAAGGCUUAUUGUCAAAUGCGAGUUACAGAAUAAUAAAUUUGGAUAACUCAAUUUCCUUCAUGCAAGGUUAUCAACUGCAAAGUAUCCUGAUCUUCACCCUUUUGCAAACUGGAGCUCACUUUAUAUUUCGUGGGCUUUGUUCUAACAACAGGUGAAAACCCCUACAUGAUUUACUUUGAGAUGAAUGUUUGGAAUGUUUAUGAAGUUUCUGCUUAUUGUAGUUUUUAAAUAGAAUUUGGUCCGCACGUUCCAAUAAAUUACAACUGAGUAUCCUGUUCCUGUUUAUGCUAACUGUUUAAUAGGCCAUCCUUAUAUGUCUUCUUGAAACAACAGAAGGCAAUAAUUACUAGUCCACACCUUACACAAGGCCUGCGUCCUACUUGCUCCUGUCAUGCGCACUAGGCCUUUGCUUGGCCCAUGUGGCCUUUUGUGACUGUUUUCACACGGUAAACCUUUGUUUAAGAACACAGUUUACGUCUAGUUUUAUGGCGCUGGUUCAUCGGUUUCGGUCGACUCCAGUGGCUGGUUCAAUCCACCAUGUAGGCGUUUGAGGAAAGCUCUCUUGUCGGUUCCUUUUCGCUUAGGAUUUUUGUUAAUAGCAGAAUUGUCCAUAGGUUAUAUUCAGUCUUGAUAAAGGAAACUGCAAUGUGACAAGAGAGCAGUCAAUACGAGUGAACAGGAUAACGUGUUUCUAACUGCACUCAUUAAAUGGUCAGGGUCGCCGGAUGACUUUUAAACCUCACCUCUAAUCUUAAAACGGAUACUAAGCUAUCCGGUAGAGUAUGAACACCUACCCGAUAUGUAACCCUCCACUUUAGAGAUCGGGUGCGGCGCAUCGUACCGUUACCGCAGAAUUCGCGCCGAAAUCAACCCGGCGUUCUUAUGUGAACACAAGCCCUGGCCUAUCCCGUAUGGUUUAGUGCCUGCACAAAUGCUAUCCGGCUUUGCGGCUUUUCCUUCCUCCAGGAAAGACUGAAGUUUCCUAAUAAAACGUAGAAAGUGUUUCCCAAGGAAUUAGCAGUUCCGGCUAUCCCAAUCGUCUCGAUUCUUUGUAAUGUAGUGCACAAAGGAAAAAUAACGAAGUUUACUCGUCAGUUUGUCUUCCGCUAACAUUCAAAUCCAAAACGGCAUGCCUGUUUCAGACGAGCUGAUAAAGAAGUAAAAUGGUAUUUUCAAGGACGUUGUUUUUUUUUUACAAAAAACAAACAAACAAACCGCAAAACAAAACGAGACAAGAAAUCUAAGUAAGUUAUGGCCAUAUUUUGAAGGUUGCCUCUAAUACAGCAGUGCUCCAGUUACAGCACAGGUGGCCCAAGCGUAAUAUGAGAGUUUGUGUGGGAAAAAUAGAGUUUGAAACUUAGAUGAAAUAAAUGAAGUAAAAGCGAUAAAAGUUAUCAAUUAAGUGUUAAUAUUGUUACCUGGAUUCGUUGUCUUUGUUUUUACGAAAUUUCAGCGCGAUUUGAGUACUUUUACAUCAUCUGACCUGACAGUGUAAUAAUAAGAGACAAGGUAGGACAGAAUCGCUCGAUCGACCUGCAAAGCUGCUGAGAAUCAGCUCCAAAUUUCACGCGAAAAAACAAACACACUUACAUUUUACGCCACCGAAUCCACAAAGUGGUACCUUAAGUUCACCUUCCUGCAAUCCGUUCCGGUAAACCUUGCGUUUGGAUCGCAUAACUCGAUCUAAAAGAUCAACUACAGUUCAAAAAUCGGCGCCAUUUAUCCGUGACUAGUAAAAGUGUAACAUUUCAACCGUCUUGUCGCUCGGCGGUGACUGGGCGCUAGUGUCAAAUAGUAACUCACCGGGAGAGGGUGACAUUACUUCGUUAAGACAAAUCUCUAUGCACCCACCUUCCAGCAAGGUCGGCUUCUUUGUUUUUUUUGUUGCUACGUUCAUUGGCCGAGUGAAAACAAAGAAGCCGACCUUGCUCGGAGGUGAGUGCAUAGAGAUUUGACAUAACGAAGUAAUGUCACCCUCUCCUGGUGAGUUACUAUUUGACGCUAGCGCCCAGUCACCGCCGAGCGACAAGACGGUUGAAAUGUUACACUUUUACUAGCCACGGAUAAGUGGCGCCGAUUUUUGAACUGUAGUUGAUCUUUUCGAUCGAGUUAUGCGAUCCAAACGCAAGGUUUACCGGAACAGAUUGCAGGAAGGUGAUCUUAAGGCAUCACUUUCUGGAUUCGGUGGCGUAAAAUGUAAGUGCGUUUGUUUUUUCGCGAGAAAUUUGGAGCUGAUUCUGAGCAGCUUUGAAGGUCUAUCGAGCGAUUCUGUCCUACCUUGUCUCUUAUUAUUACAAUGUCAGGUCAAGUGAUGUAAAAGUACUCAAAGCGCGCUGAAACUUCGUAAAAACAAACACAAUGACACGAAAAAACAAUAUUUACACUUUAUUAAUAACUUUUAUCGCUUUUCGUUCAGUUAUUUUAUCUAAGUUUCCAACUCUUUAUUUCCCAUACAAACUCUCAUUUUACGCUUGGGCCACCUGUGGUUACAGAUAACUUCACCGAUGCACUGAAUGUUUUCUUUCAGGGCAGUUAACAAAACUACUUAUAAAAACUUAUAUAUAAAUGAUGCGCAGAAGAGUGAUUCUGUAAAGUACACUAAAUAACAAUAAUAACGGUGUUACCUCAGACUCGUACCCAGUCGCUAUUUAUGUGUUUUGGGGGUGAGAGAAGAUUGGGGGUUAGGUUGAGGCGCGCGCGGGGUCUCAUGGGAAGGGACGAAGGAAAAAUAGCGACGCUAUUUUCCCUUCGUACCUUUCCAUGACACCCCGCGCGCCUCAACCUAACCCCGAUCUUCUCUCACCCCCAAAACACAUAAAUAGCGACUGGGUCCGACUGGGUACGAGUCUGGUGUUACCUCAUGCAUCCUCAAUUGCAAGUUUAGGAUUAAGCAGAACGACAAGUUCUCGCACUUGACAACUAAUCAAAUUUAUCAGGUCUGAUCGAUGGUGAUUUUUAGCUUCAAUAUAUGACAAAUCUGGUUUUGAUUUCCAAGGGAAAUUCUCGAUAACAUUCUGAAACGGAUGAACGAUUGCAAAUGCAUCACGCAACCCUGCUUGGCUAAGGCGAUUCGUAGGUGAGUGUGCGAAGUUUACUGAUGGGCUUUAUUUUGAUCCGGGCCAGCUCGUUUUGCAGGGCUUAUUCGCUUUACCGAGAUAACUUUUAUCCUGGUAUUACGCCAUCUUUAUAUCAGGAUUUCAGCUAGCCUAGCUGAAACCUAGCAGCCCGGGGGUGCUUACAAUUUACACAAACCACCCGCGUGGAAAUCUGGUGCAUAAACAUAAAACUAUAAAAUAUGACAUCGUGGAAAAAAAUGCGCGCUUCAAAGUAUGUUCAAAUCAGCUUAACAGAAAAAAAAAGGGGGGAUUGCAUCUCCUUAAAUCACAGUCCAUAUUUUCUGAAGCCUUCCAAAGGGAAUGACGCGCGCAACCAUUUGAUUUUUGAACCCGAAUCUCCGGUUUUCCCAUGUAAAUGGUAAGUACCCGCUUGUGCCCGAAGAGGUCGGAGGUGCCUUCAGCCGCUCCGCAGGUUUUUCAAUAAUUCGUUAACUCCGAGUCAGUAAGUUAACAAGUUUGUCUUCGAAUAUUUUGUAAUGCUUUAGUAUGACUGACUGUUUCGCAUAGCCGGACUAGCUAGUACCUGCGGACCUGUCUGAUAAGCGUUGCAUUUGCAAAAUAAUUAAAAAUAUCUUUUUUCAGUUGAGUUGAGCUCAUGUAACUAUUAACGCCCGAUUUUACAAAUUUUGCAACUAUAAAAUUUUCAUUGUUUUCAGCAACACUGCCACGAAUAACAUCAGUUUCACUUGAAAAGAAGUCUUUUUUUAACAGUAAGUCUGAACUGUUUUGUCGAUUCUAAGAAACAAAGUCAUAUUUUCUGGGAAAACCGGAAGUCCAUAUUAGUGACUUUUUGGUUGUUUCUAUUGGUUGCUUUCUGAAACACGAAAGUGCCUGUCGUGUAAAAGAGACCGCCAUUAUUAACCGGGGAGAACAACAGUGCUGACUAGAACCCAUAUAUUUAGCCCUAAAUACAAUCAGGUUGGUUUAUUACAUUAACAUCUUGUGCGUUUUAAAAAGUUUUAGAACCGUUUGCUAAAUGCCAACGCCACUUACAACAAACUCCCAUCAGUCGUACUCGGCAAACGGGGACGUACGUUUAACGGGCUGAGACAAAUAUCGCUUUUCAGUUAAGACCAGUUAAAUUAUAUGUUUUCCCUUACUUUAAUCUGUUAAACACAACUGAUAAACAAGAAAAACGCUAAAACAAUUUUGUCAGAAUUUACUAGAGAUAGCCGAUCAACGCCUGAUGCGCUGGUUGGAGCGAAAAAGUUUCCCCGGUUUGAAGGGGAAGGCGAAUCGAGAAGUAGAAUAUAAAAACCUGAUGACUGUAUUGUAUCGGAGAGUCUUUUUUAUGAAAGACAUGUCUUACUCUGGUAUAGACUAUAACCCUUUGUCCUUCGUGGUAGAAAGCAGAUCAUAUUUCAAGAAACGAACUACACUUGUACAUCUGGUCGACUUUAUUCUUUCAGCUAUUUAUCAUCGAAGGUGGGGAUUCUCUCUGCCUGCAGUCCUCUCAAUUUGACGAAUUUAAAUAGACGAUCCCAGCUUAGACAAUUCAGUGUUCGACAAAGAGUUGUUUAUUUAUUUAUUUAUUUAUUAGAUAAAAGUCUUGUAUCUUCUAUUACAAAUAUAGCUAAAUAUCAGCUUAUCUACAUUAAAUGGUAGUUAAAAUUCGGCCAGAAACGUAGCCUCGACUAUCAGCCGCUGUUCGGGAAAUGAGCCCGCGCUCCUUCCCCGAACAGGUCCGAACACUGGGGAGGACGAGAGAGCGAGAGAGCGAGGGAAAUCGAGCCUACCAGAAACGCAGUUUAGCUUAUUUAUAUCUAUAGGAGUAGAAUAUUGUUGAAAGAAACAGAACUGCUUCUUACCUUAAGUGGCAAUAAUUAAGAAUUGUUCACCGAAAUGGAGAUGAAUAGUGGUAGACUUGUGUGAAAAACACCAACAUAAAGUACAUUUCUUCACAUUAUAGAUAAUGUCGGCUUCGGCGCAAGCUAGGCGAGGGGACCCACUAACCAAGAAACUCCGCGAUUUUUCUGUGAAGAAUGUCAAGAUCACCAAUGAAGACAUGGUUCGUUCCAGAAGUCUGGUGCAGGAAGUCAUUGAAAAACAAGUCAUGAGCUACUGUGAACGUAACUCUUUGAUACCAAUCCUGAGACGAGAGUACACUGGUAGCGUGUAUGAGGGGCUGAAAACAGAGAAGGCGGAUGAAGUGGAUGUUAUGGUUGUUCUUAAAAUAACCAGGCAAGAAGUCAUCGUUGAAGGUGGCAGAGGAAUACCAGGAUAUGCAAGACUAAAGGCCCAAGAAAGUUCGAUUCUUCGUAGGUAUUCAAGUGCUGAGGGGUACAUAAUUCCCGAAAGACUUCGAAAUGGCUGGUUUCAUAGUCUCGUUGUUCAAGCAGUGAAUGCGUUCCACAGUUUGUCAUGUUCAGACUUCCGUUUGGAGGUGCGUUACCAUGGGCCUGCCACCCAGAUUGACAUCACUAGAAAAAGAACCAAUGAGAUGCUUCUAUCGGUUGAUCUUGUUCCUUGCUUCCACAUCGGGGCUGAAGAGUACUUCGUAGCCAAACCUUACACAGGGAUGACGCGUACCUCUCAUCCUGAACUCCUUUGGAGACAGUCGUUUUCUCUUAAAGAAAAAGGAAAGUUGCAGCAUAUGGAUACUGACGGUGGUUGCAGGCACGAACUACUUAGAAUCGUGAAGACGAUCGUCAAGAGGGAGAGGACAUCUCUCGCAGCCCUUCAGUCAUAUCACUUGAAGACCGCCUUCAUGCAUUUCAUGAGAGAUUCGUAUGGCUGGAAUGCUCAGAACUCCCUAGGCGAGAAGUUUUUUGCAUUUCUUAGGGAACUGCAGACUCACCUGGAGAGGGGAAAUCUUCCACACUUCUGGCUGCCAGGCGUGGACCUUCUGGAAGGCAUCAAUCCCUCGGUAAUUGAACAAAUGGCAAAUCGAUUGAAGAGAAUUCUUAAUAGUCAAACAGAACUAGACAAAAUUCUUGUAUAG